GUCGUCACUUUCGUUUGCUUGAAUCCACAUCUUCCUCUGGCACUUUUCACAUUCUCACCUUCUGCCCUUCAACUCGUGCGUUUUCUUGGGCAUUCACCACCAUGGCGCCAGCAACAUCUCUGUCGGUGGAUGACAAGACCAAAGUAAAAAAGGCUAUCCCUACCUCAAGCUCGACGAACAAGAUUAUCACCGCUACUGUUGCCCGAAUCUAUCAAGCCAAGCCCGGUGCUAAUUCAUGGUCGUACUCUGGUGUCGAAGGAGCACUUGUAUUUUGUGUAGACAAGGCGAAAGGCGGUUUAUGGUUUCGAGUUGUAACCCUGUCUUCUGGAAGAGGUGUUAUCUGGGAGCAUGAAUUACCCAUCGAAAUAGAAUACAAUCAGGAGAAACCAUUUUUCCACACCUGGCAGGGCGAUGAAAUGCAAUUUGCAUUUGUUUUUGCUUCAGAGCAUGAAGCGCACGAUUUUUACAAAAAGGUCGCCAAUAGGUCGAAAUAUGCUAUGAAGGCGAAAGAGAAGAAGGAGAAGAAAGAAGAAAAGUCUGCACCGACCAAAAAGCGAAAGGGGAAGAUUGACAAAUCUAUGAUAUCUGGGCCGUCUGUCGACUCAUUUAGACACGUCGCUCAUAUGGGAUUCGACUCUGAGAAAGGCUUCUCCUCCACUGGCGUUGACCCAAGCUGGCAAAAAUUGCUUGAACAACUCACUCAAAAGGGCUUUUCAGAGAAGGAUAUCAAGAAGAAUGAAAAGUUUAUCAAGGACUUUGUUGAUCAGUCAGGAGGGAUCGAGAAAGCCACCGCCCCGCCACCCGCGGAAGCACCAAAGAAACCUUCACGACCCCCUGCACCACCGACGUCCAGACGGAAACCAGCGCCUCCUCCACCUGCAUCUCGCUCCGCCCGUCCAAGCUCUGUGGCCCAACCGUCCGCUCCAUCCGUGCCGCCUCCCCCCCCUCCACCUCCACCGCCGGGCCGUCCAGCAGCCCCUCCAUCAGCUCCUCCAUCGGCUCCUUCUGCGCCUCCUCCCCCUCCACCACCUCCACCACCAGUCCGUUCAGACGGUACUGGCGUCGCACCUCCACCCCCUCCUCCACCUCCUCCCGCUCGUCCCCCUGGGGGUGCGCCACCACCUCCACCACCUCCUCCCACCUCCGCUCCCAGCGCCCCUCCACUCCCCACGGCCAGUGGCGGCCGUUCAGCCCUCCUCGCGUCUAUCCAAGGUAGAGGUGUUCAUUCCCUCAAAAAGGUCGACCCUUCUGAACAGAAAGUCUCCGCCCUUGCUGGUGGAGAUACAGCUGGUACUGGUACUGGUACUGGUACUGGUGCAGCUGCAGUAGGAGCGGGUGCAGGGGCGGUGGCAGGUGGAGGUGCGGCGGCGGCUGUGGCGGCUACGACCGAGGAUACCCCUGAUUUGGCUUCAAGUUUGGCGGCGGCACUGUCGAAGAGGAAGGCGGAUAUUGGAAGUGAUGAGGAGGAUGAAGACAGCGAUGAUGAGUGGGAUUAGAGAGUGCGUCAAAUGUAGCAAAUGUCUGAGAGUGUAUCGAAAAGGCUAGCGAGCUCAGAGAGAAUGAGGAACAGGGAUAGAUACAGAAUGACUGACUAGGUGUAGUUUUUGUUUAAUGCUAAUUGUACAUCUGCACCAUCAUGCGUUGGAUUGUAUCAGGGAGGGGUCUACGAUAACUUCGGUCGGUUACAGCUUCAUUUGGAUCGAGGGGUUGAGUGCACUGGCAAGAACACACGCAAGUCAGAGCUCGAACCCCAAGCUUUUCCUUCCCCAUUCCAUUCGCAAGAAAUUCAGUUCCCGAUGAUGGCAACCCGCUUAACGUCAAGAGAAAGGCAAAGGAAGAUAACCCAUCCCCAAAUGUAUUCAUAAAUCGUAUAGAAGAAGGUACCAAAUGACUAGAAUAACUAGAAUACCAUAUAGUAACCUUCAAAAAGAGGCGUCCAAAAGAAAGAAAAAGGACACAAGUGAAAAAAAGACGAGAGACGACAAGAGCCCAUUCCGGAAAGCAUAAAAUAAACAACCUUGAUUACACAAAGUAUCCUAUCUCGAUUAAGUGGGAAAAUCGGAGAAACAGAAUGAGAGAAGAGUGGAAGAGGAGGAAUAAUGGGACCGAGGGGUAGUAAAGGGUAUAACCCGCGAAAAGGUGAGAUGAUAAAGAGGAAUUAAGGAAAAUAGAAUAAAGAUAAAAAAGUCUACGUUGAAUAAAUUGGUGUCUUCUAUAAUCAGCCCCUUUUCUUAAACUUCUUGAACUUCUUGGCUGCUUUCCCCCCUUCUCUAUCUUGUUCUCACUUCGUCUCCUCUUCCCGCCGUAUCCUCUCCGAUUCAGCUCUUAUGCAGACUUUGCGCCAUCUCCAACUCGCCUUGCACCACCACCCCUUCCAACCAUGGGUGGUUCAACAAAUCUGACGCUUUCGCUCGUUGGCCCGGAAGGUAAGCAAGCAUUGGCAUGAGGAAGGAAGAUAAGAGUUCAGCGUCCUCGUGUUCCAUGAGGUAUUUUUCUUUGAGGACGGAGGUUAGGGGCCAAAAACGGA